AUGAGUCAACCAAUGAAAAGUUUUGAUGUAAACUCUGACGUCAACUUAUCAAAUGCUGCUGUAGCACAAACUAUGGAAAGUCCUUCGUUUAGAAAUCCCAUACCAUCCACAUCAGCUGCUAAUAUCGGACCACCAGUUCUUCCGCCGAGACCUGAUUUCGGUAUUCAGUCCAGUUAUGGUAUGAAUCCUGGUUACUCUUACGGAAUGAGUGGACCCUAUGGAAUGGGUGGAUAUAGUGGUUUUGGCUAUGGGGGAUUAAACGGGGGAUAUGGAAUGGGAGGUAUGGGCAUGGGAGGACCUUAUGGGGGAUUUAAUAGAUAUGGACCAAUGUACGGUGGUGAUAUCGAGAGCAGAUUUAUUCAAAUAGCUGAAGAGAGGUCAAGACCAGCAUUUGAUUCAAUACAAAGCCUGGUGAAUGCUGUUGGCAGUGUAGCCAUGAUGUUAGAGAACACAUUUUUUGCAUUGACUAGUUCUUUUAGAGCUAUUUUGGGUGUAGCAGAAAACUUCGGCCGGUUAAGGUCAUUAUUUGCGCAGUUUUGGUCGACCUUAGCUGUGGUACGCAGUUUGAACUGGUUGGUUAGGAAACUGCUUGUUAUGCUGGGUAUCAGAACUGAGAGUGAAUUUAAGGCUUGGGCAGAAGCAGUGGCGGCCACGCAGUCUGGUACUGCGACAGCUGACCAAAAAGCCAGAGGGUCCAGUUGGCCGAUUCUUCUAUUUUUCGGUGUGAUCGCGGCCGCGCCUUAUAUUGUGCUAAGAAUGUUGAAUGGGCUGUCCACUAGCAUCAACGAAAGAUUAAACGAUCCGACAACAUGGCAGAAUUCUCUUAGAGCUGUCGCUCAGCACGACUUCCAAGCAACAUCUCCUCAGGAGAUCAGCUUUAGCGCAAACCAAGUCCUGACCCUAGCACCGCAACAUUUGCAAGGGAACCUAUGGAACUCCGGUUGGCUGAUGGCAUCAACGGAUAGACAACACGCGGGAUUGGUGCCGGUUACGUACAUAAAAGUUAUUAGGCCAAAUAAUAAUAAUGAAGAAAAAGUAAAUAACGACACAAAUAUAAAUAAACAGACGGAGACGAAUGUAGAUGAUUUGGAGAAAUAUUAUGGACAAGAUUUGUAA